UGAGUUUUGUGAAGGCCAUGUAUGACUAUGAGGGUCAGACGGACGAGGAGCUGUCGUUCCCUGAAGGCGCCAUCAUUCGCAUCCUCAACAAGGACAACCAGGAGGACGACGGCUUCUGGGAGGGCGAGUUUAACGGCCGAGUGGGCGUCUUUCCCUCCGUCCUGGUGGAGGAUCUGACGGCCUCCGAAAAUGGAGACGCUCACUGGGGAACAGACGCACAGGCGUCUCCAUGCCAAAGGCUUCACUCGUCUCUUCCUCCUCUGCCGCUGUACGAUCAGCCACCCUGCAGUCCGUUCACCAGCCCGGAGACCAGCAGCGCCCCAUCUCUGCCUCGCUCGCCCUCCGUCAAUGGGGAACACAAGCUGCCCGUCCCACAGAAAACCACAGCGCAGAAUCACAACUCCAGUUUAAGUCCAGAGAGUCCGGGAUUUUCUCAGCCGCUGAGACUCACUCCUGACGGAUCCGGCCCUGGAAAACUCAGACCUGUUCGAGCGGCUCCUCCUCCUCCGAAGCAGCACGUUCGCCGGGCGGUGGAGAAAACUGAAGAGGUGGAGAUCACACUGGUGUAGAGCUGAGGCUGACAGCAAACACCACCUGACCUCUGACCCCUCCCACUCCUCACGGAAGGGGGCGGGGCAUGCGUUAUCCCACCCAAUGAGCAUCCUUAGAUCCCAACGGGGGGUGGAGAACAGCGUCUCAAAAAGCAUCGCCCUGUUUUACAUAAACAAACAAACAAACACCUCUUUCGGCGUCACACACUGUUUGGUGCCUUAAACCGCUUUCAUGCCAAACUCUAAUCCCUGUAUUCGUAAUUACUUUUAUUGCGCAUCGGGAUCUGCCAGUAAAUUCACUUCAUUUGGGUUGGCUUGUAAAAGCGUGCGGAGAGAAAUCAAAUACAAGGGUGCUAAAAAGAGGCUGCGCUUGCACAUCCAUCUCUUCAUCGGGCAUUUGAAGAGCUGAACAUGCAAUACAAGGAAUCAUGGGAGGAUACUAAAAAAACGGGGUCACCAAUAGUCCUACCAUUCAUGUAUUUCAUAUGUAAUAGCACAGUACAUUACUGUCGUCAUAGGAAUGUUAUAUUCACGUUCGACAUGGCAGAUCAUAUGGACGUCUCCAGGAGAAAGGGAACUGUACAUAAACGGAAAAAGAGGAGGGUUAUGAAAAACGAGAGGAAGGCUGGUUACUUCGCUCUUUGUACCCCUCAGUUCCGCUUGCCUCUUCUGUCUUGUGUUGAUCUGAGAAGUACUAACUACAUAGCUAUAUCCUUUUCUUCAGCUUUUCAUUAUCAAGACCAGUGUUUGUAUGUAUUACUAAUAUUUAGUCCUCGAAAAAUCGAAUCUGAAGACGUUUCUGUACACAUUUCGUUUCCGCGCUCUUCAUGGAAAUAUAUACAUCAUGAUAGGAGUAUCAGAUAAUGUGCUUUUUACACCCGGGUUUCUUUCUUAUAUUGAGCGUCACGGCAGUAUUGAAGAUUGUGAGGGGAUUCGUUCCCUACAACAAGCACAGAAAAAGGUUGACGGAAAGAUGGAUGGGGAUUACAGAGGGAUUGUUCACUCCAAAAAUGAUUUAGCUGUUCAUUUACUCAUUGGGUUUAAUACAUUAAAGGGACAGUUCACUCC